GUAAUAAGCGUUCGGUAAUACGUUUAUUGGUUCUGCGGAUCUCUCAAUACCAAGAAUCCUUUGCCGGCAGUAAUAACUAAUAACACUUGCAAUAAUAACUACUUUCUCGCUACCCUUACCAUAAUAAACCACUUAUUAUUAUUAUAUAUUUAAGAAGGUAAAUAUAAUCUUCGGUAUUCUCCGGCGUUAAUCGAGUGGCGAAUAUAUUACCUGUAAAAGGAACAUCACCAACGCAAAGAAAACAAACAAAAGUUGUCUAAGAUGAUGAGAAGUUGUAUUAGUGCUUCAUCAGCCAUGUGGAAAUUUAUCUUCCCCAUUAUUGUUAUUGCAAACACCGCUCGAUCCAGCGAUCCAGGGGACGCAAGACAAAACGAAGUGAAUGGAGAUCAGGGUUUCGCUUAUUCGUUUUCAGGAAAUAGUCAAAACCCUUCAGCAAUCCCCUUUGGAAUCCCCUACUUCCCAGUAUUUAAUUUUAACCCCCUAUUUUCAGAUUAUUUCGACAACUUGAGACGAUUCAAUGACGAACUAGCUGCAAAUGCGACUUCUUCAAAAGGCACAUUGUCAUACUCGUAUUCGGCCACUGCGAAUGGUGGUUGGGCUAAAUCUGCCGCUUCUUCUUUAUUUCCUAUAUUAAAACCUAAAGAAAGUAUUGGAAAUAAUAUUCAUACUGCAUCUUCGUUCGCUAACCCUGGAAAUAUUCCAGGCGUAGAAUCUAGAUUCAGCGACGGAAACGGAGGUGCGGCAUCCGCCUCCGGUUAUAUUGGAAAUGGACAAGUUCGUCAAUCAGCAUCAGUCUAUCCACAAAAUCCGAGUGUUCCAAAUGUUAACACUAGAUUCGGAGCUGACACAGGCAAAGGAGGGUCGUAUGGAGUUUUCACGUCUAGUUUUAGCGAAACAUUACCCGAUAGCAAUGGCAAACCUGUGACCAGGCAAAAGGCUUCCACCACAGUCAAUGAUAACGGAAAAGUCUCAAGCUACUCUGCACACAAUCCAUAACCGUUUAAUUACAUUGUUUUUACGUAAAAAAUAAAGAUAUAUAUUUGCAUAUUUUA